AUGUGUAAAUUUACUUUUGUAAUUCUUUAUUUGUCCCAUAUUUCAUUUGGACAGUAUGCUCCACCAGGUGUUAAUCCCCAACUGUAUCAACAACAACAACAACAAGUACCAAUUCAACACCUACCUCCAAACCAAAAUAUUCCUCACCAGCAAAAUUUACAACAUCAACAACCUCUUCAAUCUCAGCAAUCAAGCCAUGUUAAUCAAGGUCAAGGAUAUGAACAUCAUCAACCUCACCAUCAACAACAAGUUUUGCAUUCAUCUAAUAUGGCCGAAGAAAGCGAACAUAUAAAAAAACAUUUAGAUUUACCAACAUUAGAUACAAGUAAAAUGUCAGAGCAAGAAUUACAAUUUCAUUAUUUCAAAAUGCAUGAUGCAGAUAACAACAACAAACUGGAUGGUUGUGAAUUGAUUAAGUCUCUCAUUCAUUGGCAUGUUCAAGGUGGAAAUGAUGCCGCAAGAGGUAAUGCACCACCACCUGAUGACAAAGUUUUUUUAGAUGAAGAACUAAUGCAACUUAUUGAUCCAAUUUUAACUAUGGAUGAUACUAAUUUUGAUGGGUUUAUUGAUUAUCCUGAAUUUGUGAUAGCUCAAAAUAAAGCUGCUAAUAGCCAUAAAAAGCCAGCCUAA